UUGGAAGCAGAAUCCAAAUUUAAAUCCAUAUAUGAUGUCAUACUGACAUGUUUCUGUGGUUCAAGGACUUCUUAAAAGUCUUUUUACAGACAUUUACUCAUUUAUUGCCUCCUCAUGACUCUCUUUGUUUGCAUUUCCCACUAGUGAUCAAUACUUUAUUGCAUGCUCUUUCACGAUGAAGGCCAUGGAGGAUCAAGUAGUCCAAGAAGAACCAGGAUACCAGGAUGAUGAGGAGUCCUUUUUUCAGGAUAUUGACCUGCUGCAGAAGCAUGGAAUUAAUGUAGCAGAUAUUAAAAAGCUGAAAGCAGUUGGGAUUUGCACAAUCAAAGGAAUCCAGAUGACCACAAGAAGGGCACUGUGCAACGUGAAGGGGCUCUCAGAGGCCAAAGUGGACAAGAUUAAAGAAGCUGCAAACAAGCUUGUUGAACCAGGCUUCCUCACUGCCUUUGAGUACAGUGAAAAACGGAAGAUGGUAUUUCAUAUUUCCACUGGCAGCCAAGAAUUUGAUAAGCUUCUGGGUGGUGGAAUUGAAAGCAUGGCAAUCACUGAGGCCUUUGGAGAGUUCCGGACAGGCAAAACCCAGCUAUCUCACACUCUUUGUGUGACAGCUCAGCUCCCAGGACCAAAUGGCUACACAGGUGGAAAGAUUAUCUUCAUUGAUACUGAAAACACUUUCCGACCGGAUCGCCUGCGUGACAUUGCGGAUCGCUUCAAUGUGGACCACGAGGCAGUGCUUGACAACGUGCUCUAUGCACGUGCAUAUACCAGUGAGCAUCAGAUGGAAUUGCUUGACUAUGUAGCAGCCAAGUUCCAUGAGGAAGCUGGUAUCUUCAAGUUAUUGAUCAUUGACUCCAUAAUGGCACUUUUCCGUGUGGAUUUCAGUGGUCGCGGAGAGUUGGCUGAACGACAACAGAAACUGGCUCAGAUGUUGUCAAGGCUCCAAAAAAUAUCAGAAGAAUAUAAUGUGGCUGUGUUUGUGACCAACCAGAUGACUGCUGACCCAGGAGCAACUAUGACCUUUCAGGCAGACCCAAAAAAGCCCAUCGGGGGCCACAUCCUUGCUCAUGCUUCAACUACCAGGAUCAGUCUGAGGAAAGGGAGAGGGGAGCUGCGUAUUGCAAAGAUCUACGACAGCCCUGAGAUGCCUGAAAAUGAAGCCACAUUUGCAAUAACUGCUGGAGGGAUUGGGGAUGCCAAAGAAUAGAUAAAAAACUGAUGUAAAUGUACAGCUAAAAACCAGCUGGGCAGUUGGGAUGAAGAUUUGUGAAAGGUCG